GCCAUGACUUUGGUCGAAGCGAUAACGAGCAACGCUGUGCUAUCCAGCUGAUAGGAGGCAGUCGAGUGAAGUUUGUGUCAACAUGCAAACGUUGAAGGUGCGACCUGUCAUUUAUUUGGCGACAGUCAGCAAAAACAUUAUUAGGAAUGCAGCAGUGAGUGCCGUCGAAAGUACACAGUCACUGAAAUCAUGGAAGGAGAUCCCAGGGCCUCCGUCGUUGCCCAUUAUCGGUCAACUGCACCACUUUCUCCCUGGAGGAGUGAUGUCCAAUGUGGCGCUGAAGGAUUUCGUAGAUAUAUUGUAUAAGAAAUACGGGCCAUUCGUCAGACUUGAAGGAAUGUUCGGGAGACCCGAUAUGUACUUCUUGUAUGACGCGGAAAUAUCUGCCCAUAUCCUUCGAUCAGAAAACACGAUGCCCUUACGGCCAGGAUUCCCCUCCCUUGAUUACUACAGGAAAUCCAAGGUGAAAGAAAAUGAGCCGACUGGAUUAAUUACUGACAAUGGUGAUCUAUGGAGGCAGUUCCGCACUACAGUAAACCCGGUCAUGCUGCAGCCAAAGACAAUCCGAUUGUACACCAACCAGCUCGAUGAAGUAGCCCAGGACAUGAUAAAAAGAAUGAAGUCAAUCCGUGGGGACAACAACUUGCUCCAAGGGAAAUUUGACAUGGAAAUGAAUUUGUGGUCGCUAGAGUCAAUAGGCUUAGUAGCACUCGGUUGUCGCCUAAACUGCUUUGAUUCCAAUCUACCAGAAGACUCUCCAGAGAAGAAACUCAUUAAGCUGGUUCACGAAAUUUUCAAUGUAGCAAAUGAACUAGACUUCAAGCCUAGCAUUUGGAGGUACUAUCCAACGAAAACCUACAAAAAAGCUAUGAAGAUGUACGAGGAACAAGCUAACAUUGCCAGAUACUUUAUUGAUAAGUCAAUAGAAGAGCUAAAAACGAAGGGAAAGACGGAGGAUCAAAAAGGCAUUUUGGAGAAGUUAUUAGAUAUAAAUAAAGAAGUAGCACUCAUCAUGGCUUCUGACAUGCUCUUUGCAGGCGUGGAUACUGCAGCAAACUCAAUAACAGGCGUUUUGUAUCUAUUGGCCAACAAUCAAGAGAAGCAGGACAAACUGAGAGAGGAGUUGAACUCCGGUUCCGAAAAACGUCCGUACCUGAGAGCCUGCCUCAAGGAAGCUAUGAGAAUGAUGCCAAUAGUUGCCGGUAAUUUCAGGCAGACCACCAAAGACCAUAAUGUAUUGGGAUAUGUGCUACCAAAAGGGGCGCACAUAUCAUUUUUGCAUCAAACCAUGUCAAUGCAAGAAGAACAUUUUAAUAGAGCUAAGGAAUAUCUUCCUGAAAGAUGGAUUGCUUCAAAGGACGACCCUCUCUACCACGGCAAUGCACAUCCGUUCGCAUACUUGCCUUUUGGGUUCGGAAUUCGCAGUUGUAUAGGUCGCCGCAUAGCAGAAUUAGAAAUGGAAAUAUUCCUAGCAAGGGUCAUCCAAAAUUUCAAAGUAGAAUGGUUUGGAGAACCGAUUGAAAUUACUCCAUCCUCUCUUAAUUACAUUACGGGUCCAUAUAAUUUUAUAUUUAAAGAUGUAUAAAUAUGCACCGAGAUAACGCAUAAACAAAACUCGAUUUUACUUAAGUAA